AUGCGUUGGGCUAUACUAACUGCCAGCCUGCUACAGGCCUGCACCGCCCUCUCAGGGGUCAGCCGUAAAGCGUGUCAGCACCCUACUAGACAGCCAUUGGAAGGAUGCCCCGAGGAUACACUUCUCGUCGGCCUAGGACAAAAGUUCUCAACAAUCCAGUCUGCAGUACUGAGUCUCCCAAAUGAUACCACACCCCACACCAUUCUCAUCCUCUCCGGCAACUACACAGAACAAGUAAACGUCACCCGCCCCGGUCCCGUGUACCUCUACGGCCAAACCCAAUACCCCAACGACCGUACCUUCAACACAGUAAAUAUAAUCUGGCGCAAUGCCACGGGCGCUGGUCUCUCCACCCUCGACAACGCCUACACCUCGACCCUAACCGUCGCCCCAACCUUCAACGCCAGCAAAACCGGCACCGGCCCCACAGGCGACCCCGUCCCCGCCGACACACCCUUUGGCAACACCGACUUCCGGGCCUACAAUCUAAACUUCAUAAACGACUACGCGCCCUACAGCGCAGGCCCCGCCCUCGCCAUAAGCAUCAGCUACGCAAACAGCAGUUUCUACCACUGCGGCAUCUACUCCUACCAAGACACCGUCUACGUCGGCAAAUUGGGCAACGCCUAUUUCCACAAGAACGAAAUCGCCGGCCAAACGGACUUCUUCUACGGCUUCGGCACCGCUUGGAUCCAAUCCAGCCUCGUCACCUUGCGCAACUGCGGCGGCGGCAUCACAGCCUGGAAGGGAACAAACACUACUUUCGAAAACAAAUACGGCGUCUACAUCCACGACUCCACUGUGCAAAAGGCGAAUUCUUCGCUUGCUAUCACGGGCAAAUGCCCCCUGGGACGCCCGUGGAAUGCGCUUCACCGUUCCAUCUUUGCGAAUUGCUAUCUUGAUGACUCGGUGAAGCCAGAUGGGUAUAUCAAGUGGGGCACUACGGAUCCACGGUUUGGCGUCAACACCACAAUGGCUGAGUAUAGGAAUUUUGGGCCGGGCUGGAAUGAGACGGCGAGGCGGGACGGCAAUGUUACACUCGUGUUGAGUGAAGACAUGUAUCAGGGGUAUGAUCGUGUGGAGAAAGUAUUCCAGUACCCGUUUGAGGGACGAUUUGGGAAUACGGCGUGGAUUGAUGGGGACUUGUAG